UUCGCCCCCGUUGAACCGUUGAACUUUUGAGUAUCGCGGUUGUUGUUGCACGCUUGCGUUUGUGUGCUCGCGUGAGAUCCCACAUCAGUGCAUGUUGCUGCGGAAGCCUUGUAUCCAGGCAAGAAGCUCUACAAGACGAAGACGACGAGCAUGCAGUCGACCACUUACCUACAACAUUCGCGUGAGGUUUGCUCAUGGAGCAACAGGCCCCUAGCGCCUGUGUGGAAGAGCACCCGUGCCCUUGCUGCGAGCGAGUGUUCCCGACAGCUGAGCGGCUAGCAGUGCAUGUCAAGGUGCACCGUGGAGGACCCAAGCGGCCACUGAAGUGCGAGCAAUGCUGCUGCACGUUCCCGCGCAUUGACAAGCUGCGGGCUCACCAGUUGGUCCACCGGGUUGGCAAGCCCCACAAGUGUGAAAUCUGUGACAAGGCAUUCACGCACAAGCAGACACUUGUGGAACACCUGUUGCGGCACACAGGCGUGCGCCAUCAUGAAUGUGAUCUGUGCCCCAAGAGCUUCUACUUCCGUUUUGACCUUGCAAAUCAUCGACGCCGGCACACAGGAGAGCGGCCCUACAAGUGUAGCAUCUGCCAGCGCCACUUUGUUGGCCGUGCCGAUCUGCUGCGUCAUGAACGGUCGCACAAUGGUGACCGGCCCUACCGGUGCACAGUCUGCAAGCGUGGCUUUGGCCGCAACAGCAUCCUCGAGCGUCACAUGAUGUGCCACACGGGCGAGCGGCCCUACAAAUGCCAUCUCUGCCCAAACACUUUCACACGUCUCUACCUGCUCCGGAACACUGCAAGAACCACCCGCAGCCACAGCGCAACCUCGGUGGUCUAGUCCAGCGCAGGGAAACGAAAAAAAGAUCAGGGCAAUGUAGGACUGCAAAUGCAGCUGCCACUGCCUCAGUGUCUGCAAUACCAGGAGUGUCGCCCAGUUCAGCAUCUCCACUGUCUGCUCAAGAAUCAGUGGCUGGUAGAAUACUUACCGUGCCAGAAGAGAAGCUUAAAUUAGAAUCUACUCAGGGCCCAGCUGCUAUUCUAAUGUUAAUGGAGCAGCCAAAAAAAACACCUUCACCACAUCAAUGUGCUUUGUCAUCAAAAGUCAAACGGGCCUUGAAAGCCAAGACAAAGAAAGGCAAAGAGAAGACUACACUCAAGCCAGGGAGAACCUUGUCGGGUGGUGGCACAACCCUUAAUGCAAAACUGAGCAAUCCACCUGGGCCAUUCUUUACGUCUUCAGAGGAUCAGAAUUCUGACCUUCUAGGCCGUGCGCCAGGAAAAAAGCAAAAGUCUGCCCUUCACAAUGUCAUUUCACUCAAAAUCUCAAAGAACAGACAGAAAAAGCAGUCACAGCUGAUCAGUGUGGCUGCUGGAAUUGCCUCUGCAGUGGUGGAUAACGAGACACCUAACUCUCCUUCGUUUCCAGCUGCACCACUACUUGACACGCCCACGGUCAAGCAGGCCUCAAGAGCCGAGGACCUAGAUCACCCAGAUAGGAUCAGUGCUUCUCCACUGUCACCAGAAACCCAUUACACACAGCUGUCUGCAAAGGCACAACCGCUGCAUAAUACUGUUGGCACCUUCAAGAUUCUGCAAGCUGGAAGUUGCCCGUCUGAUUUGGGACAAAUUAUGUCUGGACCAGCGGUUCUAUCUGCUGAAGACUCCUGCUUGUUCCUCAGUAAUCCAUUGUGGGAACAGCCACCACAGCAUGUACCCGAAGCUCUGUCUUCCACACUACACUUCCUUGACUUGCCAUACAAUCAUGAGGCAUUUAAGGCUGAGCCAGAAGCUGUACUCGGCCUUUCAUGUCCACUGUGGGAAAGCCAGAAUCUUCAAGAAACCAACGAUGAACUUAGUACCGAGUUAAAGGAGGACCUUGUUCUCAUGCACUCUUUGUCUUCAUGCCCAGUUGUCCCAGAAGGCAUGCAAAGGCAGAGCAGGCUUCUGUCUGCAACACUUGAUUUUGUCUCUGCAUGGUCAAGGGUUUCAUCCAACCUAAGGACGGUUCCUCUUGAAAUGACACCAAUGGCCAAGCAUUUUCCUGCUUUUUUUGUUUGCCAGCUAGUCAAGUUUAAAUGCAACCAAACAGAGCAUUCAAGCCUAGUGGGAUGUGGAGGAGCCAAGCACUCGCGCUGAAGAUGGAACGAAACCCUGUGGUCACCAGUGCUAAGUUGUGUGCUCCGUUCAGGGUCAUCUGUAUGUAGGGCCAUUGUAAUGGUGUGGCAAAACGGUGUUCUUUUGACUGUGUUUGUCCUUCACUGUGAUAUUGUUUUUUUUUCUCCAUCAUACUCCCUGCUUCUUUAGCUUUAUUGUGCUAAUUGCAGAUCACUGUCAAGAAACAUCAGUGCCACUAGUCAGUCUUCUUUACUGGCACAGAGACCAUUAAGGUGCUCUGAUUUUCCUCACCCUUUAUGGGCUACUAUUGCUACUGUGGCUUUCCCUUACCUGCUUUAUGGUGUGCUGAGUGCUGUUGUCAUCAUGAGACUGCCCUUAAUGUGGCAAUGCCCUUGUUAUUUGCCAAAUUUAUUUGGAAUGUGAUAAGAGGUUGCAACUUGUGCCUGCCCUAUAAGUUCCUGUUUUUUUACACAGUACCUGUCCAGUACUUCUUCAUUGCGGUGUAACGAGUAGUCUGUUACACUGACAUGGCUUCCUGGAUGUACUGUUAUUACUCUUACUGGUAGUGAAUGCGGUCAUUGCCACAUGUUGCUCCUGUGCUUCUGCAUGCCACUUUACGAACUGCCAGGAACCAGGAUGCCAGGACACAAAUGUUUGAAUGCAAAUGUAGCGUUCUUGUCUUGGUUGUGUUGAAGAUUAUCUGUGAUGCCUGUCGUGUGCUUGACAUGAUUUGCGAGUCAUCUGCAUUGUGUGAUACAUUGCACGCUUACGCGUUCUCUGUGUCGUACGAGUUUUUUGAUGUGAGGAGCUUCACUUUCUAGUCUCCCGCUUGCUGGCAGUGUGCACCUGUCCGAUUGAUAUAUUAACUAUUAUAAUACUUCUGUGCAGCAGUGUGAUUCACUCAUAAUGGGCUUCAUUAUUGGAUCUAGAUAUAUUGCCGACCUAUUGUAGCAUUUUGGUCCGCCGCAACUUUAGAAAAUGAGCAGAGAAGGGACACUUCGAUUAAGCUAGUACUUGAAAAAGACGCUCAGGUAAUUGCUCUAGUCAUGUGAAUGAAAGAGAAUAUAUGAAUCUUUGUGAGGAACACCACAAGAAUCCUAUUGGAACCCUCACAUUCAAGUGCAUUGAACUUUGUGCAUGAUUUGUUAAUAAAAGAAUAUUCGCAUUUUCUGUCCCAUCUUCAGUGGGGCUGUAGGAAAUUACAUUAUAAUGCUGUUUUUUUGUCUUUCCUUUUAUUUCUUGCUUGCAGAACUUUUAUUUGGGUCUUUCUUUCAUUGUGCAGCUGCACACUUUUUGUCUAGUCCUAAGUCGUUGCUUUUCCUGAGACUUGCUUGGAAACAAAGGCAAAAAAUAUUUCUACUCGUACUAGGUAUAUCCUAGUAGCAUUUGCACGCUUGUGGUGUCAUCAGUUGCUAAUAAUGACUUGAUUGUAAUUAACAGUCAACAUGACUCCUCCUUGUUAGUUGUGGGAACGAACUCCAGGAAAAGUUUUUUUUCUGUUUACUUCCUAGGAGUCCUGCAGAAUAUCUGCUUUGAAUACUGUAAAACUCGAAUUUAGAAAGUAAAAUUAUGUAAUCGGUAAGGACUAUACUAAUUUGCUGACUGAAAGGCUGUGGGACAGUGGACAUACAGUCAUCAGUAACCUUAAAGUAGUAUUGACAGGGAAAUUUUCAGUUGUCAUUUUUUUGCUUCAAAUGAAAAGUCAAGCCCUCAAGAGCCUAGAAAUUGUAGUGCUAAGUAUGAGUUCACCCUGAAAAAGUAAUUAGAGUAUGCUUUUAAAAGCCAGGUUAAGUUGUUACUGUACCCCGACGUUAAAAGACAGUAUAAUACCGAUUUGUCAGGAUGUGCCUGCACAAGAUAAGUGACAUUUCUACGACCACUCUGCAUCGAGGCUCUAUUGGCGACGCACGAACAGUCGUUUUUAAUCUUUUGGGGAUGCACAAGCAGUCAUCUUGGAAGUUUCGAUACCCAAAGUCAUCACAACUAGCCAGGCUUUAGCGACAAGUUACCAGAAUCAGUACUGUAGCCUGACUGCAAGCUCGCACCGAUGUUGGAAGGUGCACCAUGGAAAAGUUUACUUUCACAUUAGGAUAAAAUAUGUUAUCAGCAUUUGCCAAGCUUCACACUUGUUCAGAGACAUGACUAUAUACAGAAGAUUUGUAUGGCAGAGUAUUAUUUGCCUUUGAAGAAAGGUGUCGGUACCCUUUAACAUGAAUGCUUUGACACAUGACCUGGACUAGUUCGACUGAUGCUAGGUGUGAAGCGCUGGGUGCUUUUGCUGAAGUAAUACCUUGGUAUAGUUGGAUAGAAUGUUGGCGUGCAUGGGUAAGAUCAUGGCAACAGAAUCCAAGGCUAUACAACGCUGGCACCAGUCAAACUCUUUCAGUACAAGCUACGCAGUGUUCAUGUUAAGCUUGCCUCUAAAUUUAGCAGCAUAGGAAUGUGCAGGUAAUACUUGUUGCUAGGCUGUUUGGUGCCGCGAGUACCUGUCUGAAUGGAGGCUCUAUAAAAGAAAAGGGGUGAUGGAAGCAGUGUGAACAAGUGCAUUGCCUGCGUUACUGCCAUGUAUGCCUUGUGUUUUUCUGCCCCACAGUUCUGGGUUCUAGCCUAGAAACAGUGGCACAGAAAAAUCUGUCUGGAGUUGUCCUCAUGUCCCAACAUAACGACGACACUUUUCUCUCGCACUUACCUUCGAAUCGAUUUUAUUUUUACGCAUCACUGGUGUUCCUGCCAAUUGUUCACUUUUGAACUCGAAACACAAGAACUAACUCAAGCUCGUCAAAUCUCUAAGGGCAUGUGUUUGCAUGCCAACUUUUUGUUUUGUGUGCCUCAUCGCUGCAUUGCCUUCUGGUCGUGUCCCUAUGCAUAGUAUUUGCUACAUGCUCUGUGAGGUCAGAUCCACAAUAAUUCUCAAACAUGUAAUUCACCAUAGUGCAUUACUGAUAAGUGGGUGUUACGGUAAAUGUUGUCUAAGUAAUAGUGCAAGGCAGUCAUGACUGUUCUGACCAAACUGAACUGUUCAAAGUUUUGCAUUUAGGUGUAACUUGGAGAACUCCUGACAGGGAAAACUCUGUUUGCAACUUUUUUACAGUAAUUUGAAGCUUUCCAUCAGGUAAUGCUCAAAAGAAAUCGUAAGCAGUCUAAUG